GCUUUCGGUAAGUAAAACAGGCAACUGCACUGAAAAGUCGUUUAACAGGAAGCCCUGAAGUCUGGUGAGAAAUUUUUCCUAGGGAGGGGAGGAUUAUUAGAAACAGCAGAGGAGAUGAUAAGAAACAAGUCUGGAUUUGAGAAUGAAAAAGCUGUCCAUUUCUGCAGGAAAGAUGAGCACAAAAGAAUUCUAAAACAAAGCUUCCAGCCCCCACCACAGCAGGACUGCUGAAAUCUGUCAUGUGACUAAAUGCAGUACAGCUAGGACAGACAAGAGUUCAAACUCAUUCACUGCCGCUUCAGCUACACUUUGAAAUUCAAGAGACUAUGGAUUCCUUCUGCAGUUCAGAUGGCUCUGAUCCAUUCUGGGACUGGAACCGAACCUGGUACACUGAUAGUCCCGAUUUUACCCAGUGCUUCCAGAACACAGUUCUCACCUGGAUCCCAUGUGUUUACCUUUGGCUGUGCAGUCCUGUCUAUUUCUUCUAUGUUGAGCACCACAACAAGGGUUACAUCAGAAUGACGUGUCUCUACAAAACCAAAAUGGUCCUUGGUGCUUUGUUGCUGGUAAUAUUCCUGUCAGACUGCUUCUUUAGUGCUUGGGAAAUUAGCCAAGGGUUUCAGAGGGCACCAGUGUACCUUGUGAGUCCGGCAAUCAGAGGAAUCACAAUGGUGCUUGUAGGUUUUAUUAUCCACUAUGAAAGGAUGAAGGGUGUCCGCAAUUCAGGAGUGCUAUUCAUCUAUUGGUUGCUUUCAUUUCUUUGUGGCGCAGUGAUUUUCCAGUCCAUGACAAGGCUGUUACUAGCAGGUGCAGUUUCUACAGGCUAUUUCCGCUGUGUCACAUUUUACACCUACUUCACACUUGUACUUGUGCACCUCAUACUGUCGUGCAGCACUGAACCAGCUCCUUUGUUCGCUAAACUUUCACCUGGCUCUAAUCCGUGUCCAGAACCUAGUGCUUCCUUUGGGUCUAAGAUAACAUUUUUCUGGUUUACAAGACUGAUAAUAAGAGGCUAUAAACAGUUCUUAAAGGAAUCAGAUCUGUGGGACUUGGAAGAGGAAAAUAGUUCAGAGAAAAUCGUUUCAAAGAUUGCAAGAAAACUGAAGCAAGACUGCAUGAGAAAUAAGCAACGAGUGGAUGCUGCAAAGUUUCAGAAAUGGCAGGAUGAAAAUACCAAUUUAAAUAAUCUGGAGGAAGGAGAAAUAUUACUGAAAUCCCAACAAAACUAUAAUAACAAUUUCCCAAUUGUGAAAGUUCUUUGGCGAGUGUUUGGACCAUAUUUUCUUGUAGGAACAUUCUGCUUAGUUGUGAGUGAUGUCUUCAUGUUUGCUAUUCCACAGGUUUUAAGUUUGCUGCUAAACUUCAUGAAAGACUCCAGGGUGCCGGUGUGGCAAGGCUACGUGUAUGCUGUGCUCAUAUUUCUGUUUGCCUGUGUACAAACACUGCUGGUCCAUCAGUACAUGUAUAUGUGCUUCGUUGUUGGUAUUAGGCUAAGAGCAGCUAUCACUGGUUUGAUUUACAGGAAGGUCUUGGUUCUUUCAAAUGCAGCAAGAAAAGUGUCUCCCGCUGGAGAAAUUAUCAAUCUGCUGUCUGUUGAUGUGCAAAGGUUAAUGGACCUUGUUAUAUAUUUUAAUGGCAUCUGGCUUGCUCCAAUUCAGAUUGCACUGUGCUUCUUCUUUCUUUGGCAGAAUUUAGGACCAUCUGCCAUUACAGGAAUAGCAGCAAUUUUACUCAUAUUCCCAUUAAAUGGUGUAAUUGCAAAAAGGAGAAGCAAAUUCCAGGAGGAACAGAUGAGGCAUAAAGAUGAUCGAAUAAAACUUACCAAUGAAAUACUUAGUGGUAUCAAACUCCUGAAAUUUUAUGUCUGGGAGAAGGCAUUUAAAGAAAAACUGUUAGGCAUCCGACAAAUGGAGCUUCAUUCAUUAAAGAAAUCUCAGAUUCUCUUCUCUCUCUCUUUGACAUCAUUUCACUCCUCGACUUUUCUGAUUGCAUUUGCCAUGUUUGCUGUGUAUACAUUGUCCAGUGAGAAUAAUGUCCUUGAUGCACAGAAGGCGUUUGUUUCCAUGGCACUGGUCAACAUUAUGAAGACACCACUUUCCUUUCUUCCGUUUUCUAUUAGCACUACCAUGCAAGCAGCUGUUUCUUUGAAGCGUCUGGCUACUUUCCUUAGCCACGAAGAGCUGAAAGAAUACAACAUAGACAGAAUCAAUGCAUUUUCAGAAUAUAGUAUCACGGUGAAGAAUGGAACUUUCAGCUGGUCAGUUACAGACCCCCCAAGUCUGAAAAGAAUCAACUUAGCAAUUCCUAAAGGUUCCUUAGUAGCUGUCAUUGGCCAUGUAGGAAGUGGGAAGUCCUCUCUGCUGUCUGCUUUGCUUGGAGAAAUGGAGAAACUGGAAGGACAUGUGGACAUUAAGGGUUCACUAGCUUAUGCUCCUCAACAAGCCUGGAUUCAGAAUACUACUUUUAAGGACAACAUUACUUUUGGACAGGAAGUGAAGAAGGGGUGGUAUGACCAAGUUGUUCAAGCCUGUGCUUUACUACCUGACCUGGAAAGUCGCCCAGCGGGAGACGACACAGAAAUAGGAGAAAAGGGUGUUAACUUGUCAGGGGGAGAAAAGCAAAGAGUAAGCCUUGCCCGUGCCCUGUACAGGAAGUCUGCCGUCUACUUAAUGGAUGAUCCAUUGUCUGCUGUCGAUAACAUUGUCGGACAACACAUUUUUGAAAAUGUUAUUGGGCCAAAUGGUAUACUUAAAGACAAGACUCGAGUUCUUGUGACUCAUUCUGUCAAAUUUCUACCAUUUGCCGAUAUGGUGAUUGUAAUGUCGGAUGGGGAAAUAUCUGACAUAGGGACUUAUCAAGAUCUGCUGAAAAAAACUGGAAUUUUUGCUGAUCUGUUGCAUGCAUUUACCGAAGAAGAGGGUCAGAAUGUGAAGAAAGAACGAAGAAACUCUGGAUUGCAAAUCCUUGGUACAGAAGAGCAACCCAUCAAUCAGAAGAUGAAGAGAUCUGCAAAACAGUACCAAGAAGUAGACGAGAAAAACAGAGAAAAUGAAGAGAGAGGAGCUUUAACAGAAGCUGACAAAGCACAGCAGGGCAAGGUGAAGUUAUCAGUUUAUCUGGAAUACCUACGGAUGAUGAAACUCCCUGUCUUUCUUUUCAUAUUGUUUUUACAUGUAUGUCAGCAAGUGGCAUGUUUCUGUCGUAGUUACUGGCUCAGCCUGUGGGCAGAUGACCCUGUUAUCAGUGGGAGGCAACAGCAUGCAGAUUUACGACUUGGAAUAUAUGGGUUCCUUGGGGUUGCUGAAGGCUUUGCAAAAUUUUGGUCAGUUCUGGUUGUAUUUCUUGGAGGAAUUCUAGCAUCUCGGCACUUACAUCUUCAGCUCCUGCACAAUGUCCUCAGGUCCCCGAUGAGUUUCUUUGAGAAGACACCCAUUGGAAACUUGCUGAACCGAUUCUCUAAAGAAAUUGAUGCCAUUGACUCUGUGAUUCCAGAUGGCCUGAAAUCUCUCCUAGGAUUUCUGUUUACUCUGCUGGAGGUUUACGUGGUGAUAUUGGUUGCAACUCCCAUUUCCGCGGUGAUCAUUGUGCCUCUGACAGUGUUAUAUUUCCUUAUUCAGCAUGUUUAUGUGAUAACCUCAUGCCAGCUGAGGCGACUGGAAUCAGUCAGUCGAUCUCCCAUCUAUUCUCAUAUAACAGAAACAAUUCAUGGAGCAAGUGUCAUCCGGGCAUUUGGAGAGCAAGAUAGCUUCAUUCAGCAGAAUGACAACAAGGUGGAUGAAAAUCAAAAAGCUUCUUUCCCUGGUGUAGUUGCAAAUCGGUGGCUGGCAGUGAAUUUAGAGUUUCUUGGAAGUAUCAUUGUAUUGUUUGCAGCAAUUUUUGCAGUCAGUGGCAAAGGCAGCCUUAGUCCUGGACUUGUUGGGUUUUCCAUAUCACAUGCCCUUCAGGUAACAGGAAUUCUGAGCUGGAUAAUUCGUUCCUGGACAGAUGUAGAGAAUAACAUUGUUUCUGUGGAGCGCAUACAAGAAUACAAUGACACACCAAAGGAAGCUCCUUGGACACUGAAUGAUAGUCCCAUAUCUACAACCUGGCCACUUGAAGGGAAAAUCAAGUUUGAAGAUUAUGGAUUACGUUACAGAACAAGUUUAAACUGGGCUUUGGAGAAGAUCACUAUUGUAAUAAACAGUAAAGAAAAGAUUGGCAUAGUUGGCAGAACAGGAGCUGGGAAGUCUUCCCUGACAGUGGGCUUGUUCAGACUCUGGGAACCAUCUAAAGGUCAAAUUUUGAUAGAUGGAGUGAACAUCAUGGACAGUGGUCUUCAUGAGCUCAGAUCCAAAAUGACAGUCAUUCCCCAGGAUCCUGUGCUGUUUUCUGGUUCUCUGAGGAUGAACUUGGAUCCAUUUCAUCGCCACUCUGAUGAAGAAAUCUGGAAAGUAUUAGAAAUGGUUCAUCUGAAGGACUUUGUAUCAGGUCUUCAGGAUAAGCUGCAUUAUAAAUGUAGUGAAAAGGGAGAAAAUCUCAGUGUUGGCCAGCAGCAACUUCUAUGCCUUGGGCGGGCUCUUCUUCGAAAGACCAGAAUUGUGAUUCUGGAUGAAGCAACAUCAGCAAUUGAUCUAGAAACAGAGAACCUAAUUCAGUCAACACUGAGGACACAGUUUGAAGACUGCACUGUUUUAAAAAUAGCACAUCGACUGAACACCAUCAUUGACUGUGAAAGAGUUAUAGUUUUGGAGAAUGGUCACAUUGUGGAAUGUGGGAGCCCCAGCAGUCUUAUAGCCCAGAAAGGUGUCUUCUAUUUGAUGAUGAAAAGCUCUGGCAUUCAUGUAUGAAUACCUCUUGAGACCAUCAAGUUAAUCUCAAACUGGACUGCAUUACUGAAGGAUCAAGGACUUGACCUAGUGGAUAACAGACUCGGAUCUGGACAGGAUCUUUUCUAGAAAAUGUGAAGAUUGUAUUUUCUUUUCAAAUGUAAACUAUGUGCAGCCAAGUAACUUGUUUACUGUGAGGAAUGGAAAUUUAUGUGUGUUAGAAACAGAAAUGGCACAUAAUGUUUAAAUACGUGAGCUGACAACUCUUAGAAGAAGGUUAAAGCUAUGAGAGUUGAGUUUACCAUAACAAAUAGCUAGACUGUAUUAAUUUUAAUUUAAUUUAAAAAAGGACAAAAAGUACAACCAUCAGCAUCUUUAAUGAUGAAAUAAAUUUUGUAGCAUUAAAUAUGUUGUACCAUAAGCAUAUUUAAUGAUGAAAUACAUUUUGUAGCAUUAAAUAUGUUGUACCAUAAGCAUAUUUAAUGAUGAAAUGCAUUUUGUAGCAUUAAAUAUGUUGUACCAUAAGCAUCUUUAAUGAUGAAAUGCAUUUUGUAGCAUUAAAUAUG